AAAUCUUUAAACAAUAAAAAGAAAAGUCUUGGUUAAUGGAUAAGCUAUUGAUUAAUAAAAUAAAUGGCUCCUUUGUAAAAUAAGACAUCAUCUAGCAAUGGAUAGCCAACGAACAAAUGGUGAAAAUAAUUUCGGUACCGACCGAUCCGCAAUUAGCUUUUUAGACUGGAAGAAUUUCUUUUCGGAAAUAUCUAUAGAAGGAAUUCGUUACGUUAUAAAACCUGGUGUACAUAUUUCAAGAAGAAUAUUCUGGUUUAUAUUAAUUAUCUUAAGCUUUGGUUUUCUCCUUUUCCAAAUACAAUCUAGAUUUGCGUAUUACAAAAGUCGACCAACAAGAGUUGACAUUAGCUUUAUUAGAAAUGAAACUCUUCGUUUUCCCACCAUUACUAUAUGCAAUUCAAAUUAUAUAAAUCUUACAAGAACUAAAGAGUUUGGUAUUACAGAUAUAGUGAGAGAAUUAAAUUCAGAGAAUCCAAAUUUUUCAUUCGUAGAGAAAGCUUUUAAGGAGAAUCCAAAUGUUAAUUUGAACGAAAUACACGAUUAUCUGUCAAUGGAUGUUGCACGUCAAAUAAUAACUUGUUCAUUUAGCGGCAAACCAUGCAGUGCAAGUGAUUUUACAAUUGUGCAAACAUCAGCUGGAAAAUGUUUUCAAUUCAAUACGAAAACACAAGGUUAUAUGGUUAAUGAACCUGGUCUUAAAUUUGGCUUUAAUAUAAAAUUAUACGCUGAUGAGAAGAAUUACCUAUUCACAAGUUGGAAUAGUGUUGGCUAUAGAAUAUUGCUGCACGAUGAACUUGCUAAACCGGAUGUAGAUGUGUUCGGUUUUAUUAUCGGUGUUGGAGCACUUACAUCAGUCUCUAUUAAAUUAAACAAAUUUAUUAGAUUACCGCAACCUUAUGGAGAAUGUAACGAUAGCAAGAAUUAUCGUUAUGACGCCUGUAUUGAGCAAUGUAAAGCGAAAUUCAUUGUGAAAUCUUGUAAAUGCGUACCUUUAUGGUAUUCUGCAGAGUCUACUGUUUGCGAUCCUUUGAGAGUGUCUGUUUGUGCAUUACCAAAAAUGCAAGAAUACUACCUAACAAAUCAACAAUCUAAAUGUUCUUGUAAAUCUCAAUGUCACGAUUUAAAUUACGAUUAUAGCCUAUCAUCUUCUCGAUUCUCUAAAAUUGAUAAAAAUAUAAUGGCGACUUCAACAGGCAUGACUGUAAAAGAAGUUGAAGACAAUAUUGUUUCUUUGAAUAUACAUUUUUCCAGUUUAGAAUAUCAGAAAAUUGAAAUUAAGAAAGCCUAUCCCAUUCUUGCGCUAUUUUCAGAUAUUGGAGGUGCAUUUGGAUUAUUUCUUGGAUCUACUAUAAUUACAUUUAUUGAAAUUGCUGAUUGGCUUUUGUUAAAUACAAUGAUAAUAUGUAAACGAUAUUAUAGCAGACAGAAAGCCAAUAUACUUAAAGUGAAGCCAUCGGAUAACGCAGAUUCAUAAUGUAUUAUUUAUUCUUAUUAAACACUCUUAUAACUUUAAAAUUAAGAGAACAAACGUACAUUAAUAGAUAAAUGGGUACGAACAAGCUUAAUACAUAAAAUUGUUUACUUAUCAAUAUUUCAGCCUAUAUUCUUAAUAUUUAAUUAUUCCGAA